CAAUUUUAGUCUCCACAGAAAUAUGCCAUUCAAUAUGGGAGUUGGCAACUCGGUUAGUCAUUUUCGGCAGUCGAGUUAUUUUUCGAGUAAAUUUCUUGGUGUGUCAUUUUAAUCGCCUUUUUCGCUGUUAAACUUUAUAAAAAUUGCGAAAAAAAUGUUAAUUAUUUUGUUGAAGUUGUCGCGAAGAAGUGCAGAUUGGUAUCCGGGUUGUUGUUAGUGUUUAAAGAACAUAAACCAACCGAAUAAUAGUCAGUUUUCCUCUGCUUAAUAUAUUUUCUGUUGUUGCUUCCGUCGUCGACGUCGCUGCCUUCUAUUCACUUCUUUUUCGAGCUAAUGUCACUGCCGCUGUCGACUGCGCUGUCCGUAUCGCCGAUGUUAUAUUGAGAAAGAAUAAACCUGUGCGCAUUGCUGUUGUUAAUAAAGUUUUAUUAUUAAAUAUUUACCAUACACAUAGUUGUGAUUAAGAAAUUUACUGAGCAAAGUCAGUUACCUAAAGCGAUGAGUUGUGACUACUUAUUAAAUCUAUAAGAAGUUUUUGAAGAACUCUACUCAUUACGUUUAGCAACUAAAAACAAAAAAUAUAAAUUAAAAAUCACUUCUUAUUAGAUAAUGUUAAACGGCCGUGUUGUGGGUGUAACUAACUAUAAAAUUGUUUUGCAGUGUGUUGAAUAAAGUCUGAUUGCGGCAACAGUAUAAUUAUACGUUCGAAUUACUCGACCAGGAAAAAGUCGGUCAUCCACAUUCACACAUCUCUAUUGAGUCGAACCUCAAAUCGUGUGCUUCAACUCAAUACAAACACUGCACCACACGUCGCACUGGCUGUAACACCAUUGUGGAAAGCAUUCACAACCAAGAAGACAGCAUGUCGCAGCCACUCAUCGUCCAGGCGGAGUACUCCUUCAAGGGCGGCAAUAAUGACGAAUUGUGCUUUAAGAAAGGCGACCUCAUCACAGUCACUCAGCGCGAGGAGGGUGGCUGGUGGGAGGGCACACUCAACGAUAAGACUGGCUGGUUUCCCAGCAACUAUGUUAACGAAUACAAGGCACCUUUGCCGCUCACAGAAACGAUACGACCACCAGAGGAGAUACAGGAGUACCGUUCGGUUGUGCUAAAGGAUCUGCUCGAUUCGGAACGCGCACAUGUGGCCGAGAUACAAGGUCUCCUGGAGAAUUUCCUCGAACCACUACAGCAGACGCAAAUACUCAACGCGGAUGAAUACGCCCAGUUGAUGUGUAAUUUCGUAGAAGUCGUAAAGACACACGAAGAACUACUGAAACAGAUGGAAGAGUGCAAUGAUCGGGUUGGUAAAUUAUUUCUAACAAAGGCACCGCACAUGAAACUGGUCCAUCAAGCUUACUGUGCAGCCCACCCAAAGGCCAUUGUCAUACUCGAUAAGCACAAAGAUGAAUUGGAAAAGUAUAUGGAGCGACAAGGGGCUGCCUCGCCUGGUCUGUUGGUUUUAACAACGGGCCUGUCGAAACCCUUCCGCCGACUCGAUAAAUAUUCUGCCAUGCUACAGGAACUCGAGCGGCACAUGGAGAGCAGUCAUCCAGAUCGAGGUGACACGCAACGAAGUGUUGCUGUAUACAAGGAUAUUGCGGCGGCAUGUUCGGCUACAAGGCGACAGAAGGAACUUGAGCUGCAGGUGUUAACGGGACCAGUACGCGGCUGGCAGGGACAGGAGCUUAGUACUUUAGGUGACAUAAUACACAUGGGCAGCGUUGCUGUCGGUCCUGAUCACAGAGAUCGAUACUUUGUGCUGUUCCCCCAAACUUUGCUGAUACUUAGUGUUAGUCAAAGAAUGAGUGCCUUUAUUUAUGAAGGAAAACUGCCUCUAACGGGCAUCAUCGUGAACCGUCUCGAGGAUAGCGACACAGUGAAGAAUGCCUUUGAAAUUAAUGGACCCCUAAUUGAGCGUAUCAUUGCUGUGUGUCAAGGUCCCAACGAAGCGAAUAGAUGGGUUGAGCUCUUAACUUCUUCAAAUCCAACCAUGCCAAUUGGCAUCAAACGUCAGCUAAGCAAUCUAAGUAAUAAAUCGAUGAGCGGCGUUAGUAGUGGGCACGCGCCUCAACCGCCACCACAUAACCCUCAUAUUUUAGAUGCGCGCGGUUAUAGUACACGUUUCUCGCUCUGCGCGUACUACGCUGCUCCUCCAUGCAAACCAUAUCGCAUAACAUUGCCUCCGAGUAACUACCCGCCCACAGCACCUUAUGCUAACCUCAGCGCACAUUUUGCCAAACUAGUAAAGACGGGUCGACUGAAAAGUACCCUAGUGAAAAUGUUGCUCUACCCACAAGCGCGACAAAGUAUCGAUUUGCAGCGUAUACCCCUGCGCAGAAAACGCGCACUCAAGUCUUCGGUUAAAUAUAAGUCGAACCUUCACGAUAUGGACUAUUCCAACUCAUCGGAGCGUUCAGAAUUGGAGCGGCAAGAUGCCUUCGAAUUGCCUACUGAUUCCGAAAGUGACGAAGACGAUGAUUAUGAGAAAUAUAGCGACUGUGAUUCCAGCGCCUUUGAAUAUGUAAAGUUCCAUGCGAAUCGGCGCGACUCGGUUGAUGAGGCAGCAGCUGUCAACAACGUGGAACAUACAAAGCGAAAGGAGCGCCAUUGCUCAUCAAUAAAUCUAAUCAAAUUGGAUUCAGAUAGCACAGAUAGCGGACAUCGUUCUGGUGGACCGGUUGCUAUGCAAAAAGAGUCUCUGAUCAUCGGUUCGAAAGCAAUGCAAGCGUUAGUCCGCAAAUCCACCGAUAGUGUCGUCAUCCACACAACAACAGCGCAUCUAGAUUUGAGUUCGAGUGGCGGCAUCACGAGUUGUGUGGAGGAGCUGUCUGAAGAUACCACAAGUCUCGAGAAAAGCUUGCAUCACCAAACGUCCCAAGCAUCGCAUGGCUCUUCCGUAUUUUGUGAGCGCCUUGGAGGUGCAUACAUUGCAUGCGAGAAUCUAGCCAAAAUGUCGGAUGAAACUAAAAUAAAGCAGGUUGCUCAAGUUUCCGAAUCACCGCCAGAGCGACACAGUAUGCCGAACUUAUUUGUUGGUAAUCGCUUCAAUCGCAGCUCGAAUACUGCCGUCUAUGUGCCAACCUGGCAAGAUCGUAAGGAGGCGCACAAUUUGAGUGUUGAUGCCCUGAAACAUCAGAGCUUAGAGAGUGACAAUGCCAUAGCCGACUAUGACUACGGUGACAACGAUGAUAACGAUGAUGACGGCGACGAAGACGAUGUUACGCAUUCCAGUACGUUGGACUUGCCGGCGGAGUGUUUAACGGCUCCAGACAAAUUGCAGGCGGAGUUGUUGUACAAUUUUGAUGAGAGCUUCUUGGGAAGACAAACAAUGGCGGAGGAUUUCGACGACAUCAUAUCGCCGCCUUCCAUGUUCAAACCACAAUUUCUUUUCAAUCAAACGACGCAGAGCCUCCAGGAACGGGAGAGAGCUGUGGGAAAGAACGAGCAACACGACAACAACGACAAAGACGUUGCUGCCUUACACAGCAGUCAGUCCACGACUGAACUGUACAUAGAGCCACAGCGUGCUAGUGGCGGUUCGGAUAACAGUAAAGAUAAACGUCCCGGUUCGAUUAGGCGUUGUAUAAGUUAUCAGUAUGUGCAAAUGUCCAAUGAACAUGCCGACCACACUUCAGUAACACACACUUCGCCUAACGCCAGCGAAACCAAUAGUUCAACUAGUGGAAAUCCCAGCAGUAAUAAUGAUCACUUAGACCGUAACAUUCCUAUGGAGCGCACGCAUCGACACCAGCAGCAGUUUCGUAAAGAGAAUAACGAUCCAUCGAACUAUAAAUGCAAAUGCUGUGAGAGUUCGCAGUGUCCUAGUCCACGUUCCAGCGACUCUGGCAUGGCUGGUAGUUGCACCAUCACUUCACCCGAUCCACCACAUGGAAAUUAUUAUGGUGGCGAAGAUUUACCCAUGUCAUCAACAUCAAAUUCCGAUCCUAAUGAGGUUUCUGAUCUCACGCGCUUCGAUGUGUGUGGCAUGUUUCGUGCGAAAUUUCUCACACCCGAAGCCACCCAAGAUCUCAUAGAUAAUAAGGACAGCGUUGAACAGUUUCAUAACUCCUCAACAUCUCACACCGCGACCACGAAAGGUGCGCCUAUCUCAACGCUAACAACAGCUGAACUGCAGAUAUCUGCCAGUAGUACAACCAUUGAUUCUGUGGCUAGCAGUUCAAGCCAUAAUCAGGUGACAAAUAGCCAAACAAAUAUACAGUUCUCGUCAAGUCUAGAUGAUAUCGACUCGCCAGCAACGGCCAGUACGGCCGAUGGACAGCUAUUUCGUUCGGGCAUGUACGCACAUUGGUGGAAAAAAGAAAAACUGCCAACGGCGGUGGUACGCGGCAUCGCCAAGGCUCUGCAAUCGCCUCAACUUAGCAAGGAUUCGCGUUGUUCCAUGUGUUCCAGCUGCGCCAGCUGUGUGUCUGGUGGUGGCAGUGGGUUUAGUGAAGGCACAGCCUACUCUUCGCUUUGCCGAGAAUGUUUAUGCUUCUGUAGAUCCAAUCCAGGCGCACAAGAUAGCACUAGCACGACAACAACCACUUCCAUGGUGCAAUGCCCUUUGUGUUCGGCGGAUGAUGCCGGUUUUACCGAUGUAAAAACACCUUCCGCAACUCACAGUCAGCGCGCAAGUCGGUUAUCCUUUAACAAUACUGGCGCUGUUACUGCGACCACAUCCAGCACCUCAACUGUCUCAAGUCCGAGUAGUUCAUUGGAUUGUCCAAUUUGCAAAGGCCUUAUAAUGCGAGGCGAUUCCUUAAGUUCUCUUCCGAUGGCAGACGAUGUUGGCGCUAAAUCGUCAACUGAAGGCAACUCAGGCGAUCAAAGUUCUUCGUCAAUAAAUGGCGCGAACUGCUCCGAUUCUGCUGAAGUUGUAGAAGAUGUCGCCACCUGCGAACCUCGGCAUGCUGGGGGCGCAACGCACAAACUCCCAAAGCUCAGCGGUGCCGCCAACGUCAAUGGCCACGUCCUUGUCGCAUCCGUCACAACACAAACGGAGCCUGUCGUUCAAUCACCACCUCAGCUACAAUCAAUACACGCACACUCAGCCUCCACCACCUCAUCAUCAUCUUCCACAACAACAACUAAAUCUACAAAGUCAUCCGGUGGCACCAAACCACAAAUCAAGUUUAGCCCAGACAUCGAGCACUUUUUCAAAGAGCCAAUACCCAGCAGCAGUGGGGGCAAGCACAAACGCAAAGACAGGAAACACAAGAGCUAAUUGGAGUAUAACGAAUUUGCGUCCAGCUCCACCGCUGCGCCCCAAUUUAUUGAAUGCGCCGGCGCAAAGCGGCGGUGGCGUCACUAGCGGCAGCGGUAGCGCCAAUGCGCUGGCCA